AUGCUUAUCGGGUUGUGUGGAGGCAUUUGCGCGGGCAAACAUGCUAUUGCUGAGUACUUGAUUCAACAGGAAGGGUUUCAACUCCUUGAAGUUGCUUCCCAGGCCGAUACAGCAAUUACCGAUAAGCCCAGCGACCACCAGCUCCUUCUCCAAGCCUCGGGCACUAGGGGAGACCAUGGUCUUCAUGCUCUGAAAACUCCAUCAGAAUUCAUUUUCGAGACCGCGGAGGCUCUUUUAAAUUUUGUGACCAAGCGAUGGCAAGAAAAGUGGGUGACCACUGAUAUCGCCGACGGCAGGACCCUCGACCGCUUCUUGCUUCGUCCAUUCUUCCUCCUGGUGAGCGUUGACGCCCCCGUCAGUCUUCGCUGGAAGCGCUUCUCAGAACGAUGCCGCCAGCGACAACUAGAUCCCCCUGAUUUGGAGAGAUUUGUGCUGUGGAAUGACCGUCAUCUGUACGAAAAGGACAUUGGACGGGUCUACCUCACCGACCGGGCUCAAGUGCGCCUUUUCAACUCCUCCUCGUCUUUCGAGGAGCUUCACGAGGCUCUCAAGACCCUCAAUUUGGCCGAUGAGCAGCGCCUGCGACCGAAUUGGGACCAGUACUUCAUGCAGCUUGCAUCUCUUGCCGCACAACGCAGCAAUUGUAUGAAGCGGCGUGUCGGGUGUGUUCUCGUUAGGGAGCGUCGAGUCAUCAGCACGGGCUACAACGGAACACCUCGGCACUUGCCCAACUGUAACGAGGGUGGAUGCCCUCGUUGUAAUCGAGGCGAUGGUGGUGGUGUUGGACUUUCCACCUGCUUAUGUCUUCAUGCCGAGGAGAACGCGCUUCUAGAAGCGGGUCGAGAACGUAUUCGAGAAGGCGCGAUUCUUUAUUGUGAUACAUGUCCUUGUUUGACAUGCACAGUCAAAAUUACCCAAGUUGGAAUCUCGGAAGUUGUGUAUUCGCAAGGUUACAAUAUGGACAAAGAUAGCGCAGCCAUUCUCGAGGCAGCGGGAGUAAAACUGCGACAAUUCAGCCCUCCAUCAAAUGGAUUGAUCUACUUACAGGGCUCUGAAUGA